CUGAGGACACAACAGUAGAACCCGUCUCUAUUCUGUCUCCACUGCUUGAGCGUGCGAGUCCGAUUCUCUCCUCAUCGCUGCCUGUCAUCAAGUUGGGGAAUACAAACACCCUCGAAGAAUCGGUUUGAAAAGGACAGACGGCCCUCUCAGCCCCCUCCCCACACCCCAGUGAUGCUUAGCUGCUGUAUCCCAGAGGCCCAUCUUGGCAGUUAGAGGAGAGGUCAUCACCAUGACAGCGUCCUCGCAGGACUCCACGCCCCCGUCUAUGGCCGGCCUCCUCCUGCUCCUCCUUCUCCUCCCAGCUGCCGUCACGCAGAACUCUGCUGUCCCGACGACCCCGACUGCGUCGUUGUUCGACCCGCUGACUCAGCCAGAAUGUUCGAAGAAAGAACACCCAAAGGUUUCCAUCCAAGCACUCAGUCCGUGGAUCUCCACUUUCUCCCACCCCGGUGUGAGGGACUACUCCCAGCUCACCCUUGACCUGACUAGGAAUGAGCUUAUUGUGGGUGCCAGAAACUACCUGUUCAGACUGGACCUCAGUAACAUGUCGCUGAUACAGGUGACCGAGUGGGCACCGGACGAGGAAACCAGGAGGUCCUGUCAGAGCAAAGGCAAAACAGAGAUUGAAUGUCAGAACUACAUCAGAGUCCUGCUGGUGAACAAGACUGAGGUCAUGACCUGUGGAACCAACGCUUUCCAGCCACUCUGUAUUACCAGAGAGGUGGGCAACAUGAGCAGCGUGCUGGAGCGGGUGAACGGUGUCGCCCGCUGCCCGUACGACCCCCGUCACAACUCUACAGCUGUGGUGACGGAGAGCGGAGAGCUGUACGCCGCCACCGUCAUCGACUUCUCUGGCAGGGACCCCGUCAUAUACCGCAGCCUGGGUGGCAUGCCACCUCUGCGGACAGCACAGUACAACUCCAAAUGGCUCAAUGAGCCCCACUUCAUCUCAGCCUAUGACAUCGGCCUCUUCACCUUCUUCUUCCUGAGGGAGAACGCAGUGGAGCACGACUGCGGGAAGACGGUCUAUUCUCGUGUGGCGCGAGUCUGCAAGAACGACAUUGGCGGGCGGUUUCUCCUCGAGGACACCUGGACCACGUUCAUGAAGGCGAGGCUCAACUGCUCCCGCUCUGGGGAGAUUCCCUUCUACUACAACGAGCUGCAGAGCACCUUCUACCUGCCCGAGCAGGACCUCAUCUACGGCAUCUUCACCACCAAUGUCAACAGCAUCGCAGCAUCUGCGGUGUGCGCCUUCAACCUGAGUGCCAUCACCCAGGCCUUCAACGGGCCCUUCCGCUCCCAGGAGAACCCUCGCUCCACCUGGCUUCCAACGCCUAACCCCAUCCACAACUUCCAGUGUGGAACUAUAGAUGACGAAGGUCCCAAUGAGGGUUUGACGGAGCGCAGCUUGCAAGAUGCCCAGCGGCUCUACCUGAUGAACGACGUGGUCCAGCCCGAGUCUGUAGAUCCGCUCGUCAUGCAGGACGACGUUCGCUUCUCCAAUCUGGUCGUGGACAUUGUUCAGGGCAUGGACACCCUCUACCAUGUGAUGUACAUCAGCACAGAAUAUGGCACCAUCUUAAAGGCACUGGCUACGCCCAAUAAGAACCUCCAGGGUUGUUACUUGGAGGAGAUGGAGCUUCACCCACCAGGUGUGCGAGAACCGAUCCUGAGCCUGCAGAUCCUGCACAGCGACAGGUCGCUCUUUGUUGGGCUUAACAAUCGAGUCCUGAAGAUCCCACUGGAGAGAUGCUCCACCUACAAGACUGAGACGCUGUGCUUGGAGGCGAGGGACCCCUACUGCGGCUGGGACUUCAGGCAGCGCAGAUGCACCACACUGGAGGACAGCUCCAACAUGAGCCAGUGGAAACAGAACAUCACCGUUUGUCCGCUGCGUAACCAAACGACCAAUGGGGUCUUCGGACCCUGGGCGCCAUGGCAACCCUGCAACAAUGAUGACGGUGUGGAUGGCAUGAGCUCCUGUUUGUGCCGCUCCAGGUCUUGUGACAGCCCCACCCCUCGGUGUGGAGGCAGGAACUGCGAGGGCCCCACCAUCGAAGUCUCCAACUGCUCCAGAAAUGGAGGCUGGACGCCUUGGUCGUCAUGGGGACAGUGCAGUACAACCUGCGGUACGGGCUUCGAGCUGCGCCAGCGUUCUUGCAACAACCCGUCACCCAGACACGGCGGCCGUGUGUGUGUGGGGCCGAGCAGAGAUGAGAGGUUCUGUAAUGAAGGGGUGUCCUGUCCUCAGCCAAUCUUCUGGUCCCCGUGGGGCUCCUGGACAAAGUGCAGCACUGAGUGCGGGGGAGGCGUCCAUUCCAGGGUCCGCACCUGCGAGAAUGGAAACAGCUGCCCAGGAUGUGCACUGGAGUACAAGGCCUGUAACCUGGAGGCGUGUCCAGAGGUGAAGAGGAACACGCCUUGGACUCCCUGGAUGCCCGUCAACGUGACUCAGGGCGGAGCUCGUCAAGAGCAGAGGAUGCGCUACAUGUGCCGGGCCCACCUGUCCGAUCCCCACGAGCUGCAGAUCGGACGCAGGAAGGUGGAGACGCGCUACUGUCCCAACGAUGGCACAGCAGCCUGUGAGACAGAUACCCUCGUCGAGGAGCUCCUGAAGACACCGGUGGUGAGAGUGGCGGGCGCCGGCUGGUCGUCGUGGGAGACCUGGUCGAGCUGCUCGCAGAGCUGUGCCAAAGGCUACCGCACCCGUCGGCGAACGUGCGCCGGACCAGAGGGAAAGAGUGCCCCUGUUGCAUGCCGCGGCUCGCCUGUGGAGUACCAAGACUGUAACGUCCAGUCGUGUCCUGUAAAAGGUGCAUGGUCCUGCUGGUCAUCCUGGUCUCAGUGCUCAGUGGGUUGCGGCGGCGGUCACUACCAACGCACGCGCUCCUGUAACAGCCCCGCACCCGCCAACGGAGGGGACAUCUGCAUAGGACUGCACACUGAGGAGGCCCUGUGUAACACACACACAUGCGACGACGGUUGUGCGGCGAGAAGGCGGCAGAUGGUGGAGCCUGAGCCGCCUGUCGGUGAGCAGCAGACUGAUAGGAAAGGUGGCUGGAUGGCCUGGUCACUGUGGUCAGCGUGCGAUGAUUCAGGCUUGCAGAUGAGGAGUCGGGUGUGUGGUGCUCAGGGCAACACCCCCUGUGUGGGGAACAGCACUCAGCGCAGAGACUGCAAUGAGAUACCUGUCAUUCUCCCUGCAUCUGGUUUUGAUAAGGACCAGCACUGUGGAGCAUUCACCUCCAUCCACCUCAUCGCCACCGGUGUUUCCUGUUUCCUCGGGGCGGGGCUGCUGUCCUUCCUGAUCUACGUCUACUGUCAGCGUGUCCAUAAGCCUUCGCAGGAGUCUGCCGUCAUUCACCCCACCACCCCCAACCACCUCAACUACAAGGGCAACACCACGCCAAAGAAUGAGAAGUACACGCCCAUGGAGUUCAAGACGCUGAACAAGAACAACCUGCUGCCAGAUGAGAGAUCCAACUUCUACCCGACGCCGCUCCAGCAGACCAACGUCUACACAACCACCUAUUAUCCCACAGCGCUCGGCAAAUACGACUACCAGCCCAAUUCCUCCCCUUCGCCGUGCAGGACCUACAACCACAGCAACAACAGCUGAGACACGCCCCACAACCGGCUCUCCGAACCCCUCCUGCCACUGCCCCAAACGGACACCACCCCAUCGCCAUGGUGACAUAACUGAACCGACGUGAACUGAAACAUUUGUCAGAGCUCGGCCAGUUUUUCUUUGUUCGCCACCGCCCCUCUCCUCGCUCCACUCGUCUCUUCCGCAUGGCAGGGUUUGUGUCUUCAGAGGCAUGUCUGGAACUUUCCAUCAGGAGGUCCGGGUUUGGAGGACGAGGCCCGAGUCCCGGUGCGCUCGGGGACAGCUGUGGACGUGUUGAUGUAAGGGCCUGGCUGGACAUAGAAGUGUCAACUCAGAGCUUCAUGCGGGGAUCUAGUGGAAAACUCUAGCAGGACGAGUCUUCAGGCAGAUUGUUACGAGCAGAACCUGUCACAUGGGCGCUGAGGCAAGCAUCCAUGGUUCUGAACAUGAACACAAUGUUAUAAAAAUAUAUAUCACAUUCCUCUGGAUCUGGGUCACCAUUUCACGCCUCUCCGUUACUAACCACAUUCUCGGCCGGUAAGGAACUAUGAGUCCCUUGACAACAAAAGCACUGAGAACAAAACUCACUGAAGUCUCCGUUGAAGCAAAUUAGUGAUCAGUAUCAGCCUGGUUGUUAGGGGCGGAGGCACGCCCUCCAUUGUUGUUGUGUCGUGUGUUGGAAAAGAUAAGAACUUCAGAGCAGAACAUUUUAAGGGGUCACAACACAGAAAUUCUCUAAAUCUGCUCCUGAUCAAACACCUGUUGCAGACGAGGGCGUUCACUCGUAAAGGGAGAGCGAGGGAACUGUACAUAAAGCUUUGGGAUGCCUUGGGUGCCUGUAUGCAAUAGAGGGCAAAGACCAGAUUUGUUUUUGUUUUUCUUUCUAUUUCUUCUGUUUUUUGUUUUUUUUUCCCCCCCAGAACAAUAAAGACUUCUGAAAAAGGGAAUUGAUUGAUUCUCCAAUUGAUUCUCCAGUGGAUGCAUCGAUUCUACUGAGUGCUAAAUAGCUCGGUGGUCAUAUCAAAUAUGGCCAGUGUGCUGAACAACUGGAUCGAAGAUUUUCUAUGAUGGUAGAAUAAGCUAGUAGGCUGGCACUUGUUCCUUUUUUUUUUUUUAAAUGUUUGGUUUUUUAAGAUGACGUUUGUUUUAUUCUCAAGCUGUAGCAUAGGAGGACAAAAUUUUGUUAAGUAAGAUAGAGCUGAUUAAUUCUCGUUUUUCUCUAAUUUCACGCAUUGUUUUGUUUUCCUUGAUUUUUCCAGACAUUUGGUAAGCAUUGCAUCUUCAAAUGUUAACACAAAUAUAAAAAAAAAACAAUAAAGAUGACUGAAAUGGUUUUUACAAAGAAUGACUGUCAGAAAACGUCCAUUCGGCCUCACUUGAAAAGAAAAGAAAAAAAAAACACUAAAUUAUGCUUGUUGAGAUGUUUGCCUGUGUGAAGUUCAAAAGGAGUGCAUGUGCGCGUGUUUGAGUGUGUGUGGGUGUGUGUGUGUGUGUGUGUGUGUGUACAUGCAAACUCAUGUACUCUCUCCGCGUGUCUGUACGCCUGAAUGGACAAAGGGGAAUUGCUGUAUUUUGUACAAUGUAAAUGCUUUCAUACUUCUGACUGUAUAUGAGCAGGUCUGCAGGUCUGUAGAGGCGAUUGUUUUCUCUGUGCAUUUCUUUCCACAUUCAGCCGCUGACACUCCAUGCAGUUUUUUUUUUUCUAUAUCUCAUGUACGAGAUGUUAACCAUUGUAAGUUAAAGCAUCGCGCCUCUGGUUCCUGCGGAGUGGAACAGACACUAUUUAUAGUCAAAGCUUGGUUUAUAAAGGGCAUUUUCACAGCUAUAUUUUAUUAUUAUUAUUGCCUGAUUGAUGAAUGCUAACCCAGCAAUGCUUUUCAGUUCAGCUACUGUACAUGCACGAGAUGAGAGCUCUAUGUGUAUAUAGGAGCAACAGCCUUCUGCAGCCCAUUAAUGACCCUGCAGAGGAUCGUGUAAAUGUAUCUGUAUAUUGUAUAGCUAACACUGUUUGUUUAAAAAAAAAAAAAAAAAAAAAAAAAAAAAAAGCCUUAUAGUUGUUUAAAAAAAAGUGCAGCAGCUAAGUACACACCAACCAUGAGGUUUGUUUGGGGACAGAGCUCCACAGUGUGACCGAGUGAGUGACCGCCCGUGGCUCGUGACCUUUCCCAGCUGCUCGAACUUCACAUUUCAGAGACACACACACACAUACACACACACACACACACACACACACACACACACACACACACACACACACACACACACACACACACACACACACACGAGUGCGGACUGAAAGUAACUCCACGUAGCACCGAUACUAUCAGACUGCAGAUAAUAACGUGAUGGGAAAAUGGAAUUUAAAAGAAGUCAUUUUGAUCUAAAUUAGCCUCUGUUGGCUUGGCCUGAAAGCCAGUCAUCUGAUUGGUCAAUUUUGAGCUCUGUCCCCUGCGAUGUGAGGCUCUGUGCCCUUCUAUGCAACUUACCAGGUGUACUGUUAGACCUGUCAUGUAGACUGUAAUCACUGCCUUUUAGACACUGUGAAUUUUUGGUACCCUAUAUUUUUGUAUAUUGUACAUUAUAAAGGAUAAUAAACCUUGAUGCCAACACAACA